AUGCAGGGCGAGAAGAUCGUGGCCGCGGCGACGCUGAGUCGCUUGAGCGACCGCUUCCACGGACAGUGGCUCAUGCUACACGUGCCGUUCACUGACCCAAAGCAGUUCUUCGAGGGCGACGGUUUGGAAGACAAGCUGGCCCUCGUGCCCAAGGAGCACCGCAACUUUGCCAUGGUUCUGUUGUGCGAACACCCCGUGGCGCGAGAGACUUGGCACGGGCAAGACGGGAUCCUCGAAGAGCUUCGCAAGGAGGCUCACAGCACGGCGUUCCAGAAAACCCUCUUGUGCAUGCUGGAAGCCAACCGGGCCCUGGUCGAGAAGUACCUGGCAGGGGACGCGGACGCAGCAGCCGAAGCGAUCGCCAGGCGUGGCAGACUGGACGCGGCGGGGCCCCUGGCAGAGGACGAGACUGCGGGCCUAAACCGGGAGCAGCGCCGCCUGAAGGCGAAGGUCGAUGAAGCCGUGGACCGCGCUUUGGCCGUCCUGGCUGCAGGGCCGGAGGAUGAUGUGGAGAGUCUUCUGGCAGAAGCCUUUGAUGGUAAAAUCUUCGUCUGCACAGGAGGCCCCGGAACUGGCAAGACCACCGUGGCUUUGGCUUGCGUGCAGCGGACGUUGCAGGAAGGCGGGAAAGUGCUCUUCGUCUACCCAACCAAUCGGCAAGCCAGCCGCAUGAGGACCAAGCUGCCCUCAGAAGUGGAAGUGAACACGUACCACGCAGGCUUCGGUCUAGAGGAAGAGCCAGGGGCCAUGGCAGUGAGCCUGUCGCAAUAUGCGCUCAUCGUGGUAGACGAAAUCUCACAGAUGCAAGGGCAACAUUUCGACCACGUGCGCAAGCUGUGGAGGCAAGCAGACAACCUGCCUGUCCUGUUGCUGGCUGGCGACGAAAUGCAGAUCGCGGGCUUCGGCGAGCAGCGGGCCUGGCAGCAUCCCAUGUGGAAGAGAACUACCUACCGGGUGAAGCUUCACCAAGUUUACCGCUGCAAAGAUAGAGAAUUCAACAAGAUCCUUCAAGAGCUGCGCACGAGCGCGCGGGUCUGCUUCACGCGCAACGUGCGGAAAGACAUGGACUACGUGAACGGCAUGGACGCCGAGGUGGUGGGCUACCACGCACACAGCAAAGCCAUUGAAGUCAUGACGGUCACCGGCCACAGGGUCAUGGUGUGGCCGUGGUCAGAUCCAGAUCUGCAGGGGUUGACGUUCUAUCCGCUCAAGGCGGGUUACGCGGACACCAUCAUGAAAUACCAGGGGGCGGAGCUGCGGCAUGUUACCGUUUUCUUGGACGCGGAAGGCAUUCCUGGA